CAUUUCGCGAAGGAUCCUGAAAAUUUUAUACAAUUUACCAUCAGAUUAUUCCUUCUAGGGCUCUCCUAUUGCCGACAUCUGCGAACCAUCAGAAAACACCUGAUGUAUCUGGUCGAUACGAGGGAAAUGAGCGGCGAGGAAGACUCAAAGCCCGUUGAUGAGGAAUUCUGGAAAAGAUGUCGCGCUGAAAAGACGGCUGAACUGGAAGAGGAGUUUCUCCUGAGAGUCUACUGGAAAGGCAUCGAGGGCACGGCCACUAAAGAACUCCGACGACAGGCUUGGCCAUAUCUCCUGAAGCUCUUCAGCUGGGAUGAGGACCCUGAGCCAAAAAUGACCGAAUUCACGACAAAAUACAGAGAGGAUGUGGAUAGUUGGAGAGUGCUUGAAGCAGAGGUUCGCCGCCAAGAUGAGGAAGACUUUUUAGCCGCUCGACAUCGAAGGUUUCCCAUGGCAGAACGCGAAUGUUCGAUUGCCAGCGAGGUGUUCGAAGAUGAAAUGCCUGAGAACGGAAUGCUGGAGAAACCUCAUCAUCAUGAAGGUGAUGCUAUUCUUCGACAGUUCGCUGUCAAUCUGCAUCGAAUAGACAAGGACGUAGAGAGAUGCGAUAGAAAUCUGAUAUUUUUCUCUAACAAAGAAAAUUUAGAGAGCCUUCGAAGAGUCAUGAUCACUUAUGUGCGACGGAAUCUCGAAGACGGCUAUAUCCAGGGAAUGUGCGACAUCUUAGCCCCGCUUCUGGUUGUCUUCGAAGACGGUAAGGGUUUUGGUACACAUUCGUUUGUUCCCCUGAACGAUGAGUUCAACAUUUCAGAAGCGCUCACACUGGAGUGCUUCACGAUGCUGAUGACACGCCUACGGGACAACUUCCCUCAGCGAAGUGGCAUGGAUAUCUGUCUCAUGAAUUUGCGCUCUUUAAUACAGGUUGUCGACCCGCAAAUCUUCACGUUGCUGACUUCCACCUCCGAUUUUACACAUCUGUACUUCAGCUAUCGAUGGUUUUUACUUGAUUUUAAACGAGAAAUGUCUUACGACUGCAUCUUUCGUGUAUGGGAGACGAUAUGGGCUGCUACAAGAACGUUCACCCCUCAUUUUCCACUGUUUUUCGCUUUGGCGAUGGUAACAAACUACCGGGACGUGAUUAUUGCCAACAACAUGGACUUCACUGAUAUGAUCAAAUUCUUUAACGAAAUGGCAGAGCGUCACGACUGUGUUCGCCUACUGGCAGCAGCACGAGCUCACGUGAAAUGUCUGCAGAAUUUGGUCCAGCAUCUCAGGUAG